AUGCAUACGAUACUAGAAAAUCCACUCGUUGUCAUGCGAUGAGAAUUUAGCGCCGAGAAAGCAAGGGAAUAUAAGUACGUAGUGAUCCUCUUCUAACAGUGAUCAAGGUCAACAUCUCUACGCUGGCUAUGAAGGUGAGUAGGCAUGUUUCGGAAUAUCUCAUUUUGUGGGCAACUGUGCUCAUUAAUUAGUUCUCUUCGCACUUGGGAGUAUUUCCAGUGGACGCCUCAAGCUCCUCUCCGAAUACAAGGAGCCACACCAAAUCGAUGAAGUCGGAGGUGGCCAGGGAACAGCUGUCACUGUCGUAGUGCAUAAUUCUGAUGCUUGGGUGAUCUAAAAGAAGAUGUAGCUGGGUUUUGCUGAGUGUCGUCUAGGGAUUGGCGGAAUCAUAUAUGUUUCAGGAGGUAGAUUGCGAUAAUCUCAGUGGGCUGCUUGAUAUCUACAUUAAAAACAAAUCUCAACUUGGCAGUGGCAACUCCUUCUUGCAAAUUCUCCCCCGAAUACCAAUACCCCUGCAGCCCUCAAAUGACCCUCACAACGCCCGCCGUUACAUCUCCUCCCAUCACGAUGAGAACCUCGGGGCAUUCCGUCGGAAAUGGUUGUAUUAUUUCAUCUACCGUGAGGUAGGACUCCGCUUGAGGCUAUUGAGUAACUAUGUUGUUGUUACGGCGAAGACAUCAGAGUUGAGUAUUGAGUACGACGAAACUCUUGGGGAGAUGUUGUAAUGACGUUGGGAAGAGCGCUUGCUUAUAGACGCAAUCUAGAAUUUUUGGGGAAGCGAACAUGAUGAAGUAGUGUUAAUACUCGGUGUUUUUUCUGUUAUCCUUUUCUCGUUGCUAAUCGCGAGCAAUAAAUAGAACUGUCGCAUCACUUAUUUGUUGAUAAUUCCAGAACACGUACAGGCAGACACCAGGUGCUUUAGACUCUCUUCCAUGAAGAGAAGAAGUAAAGUGAGAUUAGCCCAAGAUUCAAGUCGUCACUUGCGAAGAGAUACAUCGGAUGACAGUUGAAAAGUCGCUGGCGAUCAGAUAUGAGCGGUGUUUGCCGUUGAAGUCAUAGAAAAAGAUAUAGA